UAGCUGGGAAAGCUGGGGGUGUCGGCAGAUCAGUCUUUGUGUCAAAGGUUUGUACAAGGAGGGGAAGAAACGACAGUGUAGUCCUCCGCUCACACACCCGGACGCCUUAAAAAACAGUGUAAAUUUGCAUCGUGUCGCUGUGCAGCACACAGACCCUCGCUGAUCUGCCAGGAUGGGAGAGUACGAUGAGAAGAAGGAGACGUGUGGAACGAUCUGCCUCAAGUACCUGCUCUUCAGCUUCAACUUCUUCUUCUGGUUGGCAGGGGGCGCUGUGAUGGCUGUGGGGGUCUGGACCCUGGUUGAGAAGAGCGAUUAUAUCAGCCUGCUGUCCUCCGGCAUCUACGCUGCCACCGCCUACAUCCUGGUCAUCGCCGGGGCUAUCGUCAUGGUGACCGGAAUCCUGGGCUGCUGUGCAACCUUCAAGGAACAGAGGCAGCUUCUCCGAGUGUACUUCGUGCUGCUCCUGUGCAUCUUCCUGCUGGAGAUUCUGGCCGGGAUCCUGGCGUACAUCUACUACCAGCAGCUGAACGAUGAGCUGAAACAAAACCUGAGAGAGACCAUGACCAGCAAAUACAAACGCGUGGGAGAGGAGAGCGUGACCGAGGCUGUGAACAAGCUGCAGCAGGAGUUCAAGUGCUGUGGCAGUAAUAACUCCCAGGACUGGCAGGACAGUGAGUGGGUGAGGACUCCCGAGGCGGAGGGUCGCAAAGUGCCGGACAGCUGCUGCAAGACCAUCACCCCCCAUUGCGGCAUACGAGACCACCCCUCCAACAUCUACAAGGUGGAGGGCGGCUGCAUUACAAAGCUGGAGAAUUUCAUCCUGGAACACCUGCGGAUAAUCGGAGCGGUUGGCAUCGGGAUCGCCUGCGUGCAGAUCAUCGGGAUGAUCUUCACAUGCUGUCUCUACCGGAGCCUCAAGUCCGAGCCCUAUUAACUGGGGGUGGGUUAGGGUUGGAUCUUCCUCCCCUCUCCUUCACACCACUAACAGGCUCCAGAGUCAACAAACUGGUUCCCCCAGGCUGACUGCCAAGACCCCCCCCCAACAGUACCUAACAAACUCAAACAAGCUCUAUACCAACACAUUCUAGCACUGGAAGAAAGCAAACCGAGCUGGGAAUAAAUCCAGGCAUUGUGGAGUCUCCUUUCAUCACCCACUCUCCUGUCUGAGAGGGAAGGACAGCAAAAAUAAAAGUUCUUGAAGCCAAAAAAGGAAAAAAUAUUCUGACAAUGAUUUGCCAAUUUACCAAAAAAGGGCAGUUUUUUAUUUUUAUGUUUUGUGCCUUUCUCUUACUUUUAAAUUUAGUUUUUUUUUGUUUUUUUUAACUGAUCAAUGCUUUUAUAAUAUAAAAUGUACAUUAUAAUAUUUUCUAGCAUCUUGUACACUGCAAACAGAAAAAAACCCAUUUAACUGUUUGACUGGAAAUACUGAUUAUUUUAAGGUUUGUAUUGUGUAGCGUAGUUUGAAAACAAUAAAUAAUUGAAACAGUUA